AUGAAGGACGUCGAACGACUUGUUCGUAAGAUCGCCCUGGAUUUCAAGAAGGGCCUUCACUUCCAAAGCUCGGCUGUCUCAGCUCCACAGGAAGCGAGCGAGGUGUACCUUGUUGGCUUCUUCGAAGAUACCAACCUCUGCGCCACUCACGACAAGGGUGUUACCAUCACGCCCAAGGACAUCCAACUGGCUCGCCGAAUCCGUGGAGAACGAGCUUAA